CGUACUGAAAUUUCUGGUCUUUUACACUUGAAAGCUACUAAUAAAGGCGGUAAAUGAAAAGAUAUCGUUACUGAACCAAAAUUUCGAUUUAUGCUGGACCAUAAAGAUAUAUUUUGCACUUGAUUUCUCUUAUUCUGUUAGAGGACAGCAAGGUGUACUUAGUCAGUAUCGCCCAUUUCGUGAUUCCGGGACGAUACUGAAAAGGUUCCUGAAACCGAGGUCCUCGAGAAAUGGAUUCGGCUUUGACAAAUUCUGUGGAAAUGCUUGUGCAAUAAAUUAAUUUCUUGUUCCUGCUGACAUUUCAUCUAUUCGACCGACCAAAAGAGCGUGGAAUCAUUACCGAAAUUCCCCCGGAUAGCGCGCCCCGUCACGUGGCUUUUCGUCGGUGGGGUGGUGUGGGGGUUCAGUGGUACUGGCCACAGUGCCGUCCCUCAACCUUGCAUGGCUGCAAUGGCGCCCGCUUUGACUGACGCCCCAGCCGAAGCUCGCCACAUCCGUUUCAAACUGGCCUCGCCCUCCUCCAACCUGUCCCCCAGCAGCCCAGAGAACAACAGCAACGCCAGUAACAUCCUCCUCUCCGCCUCCGUCUCUGCCCCUGCCGCCUCCACCAACGGCAAACACCUGGUCACAGACCACGAGGAGAACUGCCACCCUUACAAGGCCCAGGAACAGUCUCUGUGUGCCGACACCCUGCCCGUCUGCAAGCCCCCAUCUCUGGGUAAGCUGCAGCCUCUGGUGGCCUCAUACCUGUGCUCUGAUGUGACGCCAGUACCAUCUUCCACCAAGGCCAAGGAGUCGCUCAAGCAGCAAGGCGUCCUCAUCAAGCAGUCUGUGCUGAAGAGCCACGGCCUGCUGAGUGGCUCCAUUUUCCACAGCAGCACGGCAGGCACCGACUUCCUGCUGCGCAAGCACCACGCCCUAGAGCUCACCGGAGGUCAGCUGAAGAGCCUCGUCAACGGAGGAGGAGGGGGAGGAGGAGGAGGUGACGCCGCGAUGGUGCCCGUCAAUGGACUGGCCAAGAAAGUCGGCGUCCCUGCUACCACCGCGGCCGAGAAGGGCUGCGUCACUACGGUGAACGGUAACAGUGACAAGCCGUCGGCCAAUCAGGAGGCACCGUUGUCCCCACCAACGCUUUCCUCAAAGUCCAGUGUAACCAUGACAACGGCAACUAAGCAGAAGGGAGAUGUGAAACAACAGUUUGUGGCAGUUGCUAAUCAAAAUUCCUCAUCUGACAUGGCUCUGACGGGCUCAUCUCAAUCCCCGCGGGUCAAUUCAGAGCUCAGUACCGUACCCUGUGCCGGUCAAGUGCUGCCCGUUUCUGAUGAAAAGGCAACAGAGACAAGUAACUGUAGUGAUAUGGACACAGAGGAAAACAAGAUCUCUCCUUUACCUGUUUUAAGCUCCUCUCCUGCUCCCCAGCGUUCCUCACCACCAUCCUCCCCUUGCCUAGAGAUGCGGCUGCACGAACGGACACUACAGAACCAGCGCAGGCAGGCGGAGAUCGAGGGCAGGUUGUGUCGCCUGCGCAAACGGCUGCAGGUGGUGCAAGCCAAGCAGGUCGAACGCCACGUUCAGCAGCAGCUGAAUGGCUUUCUCGACACAGCCCUGAGCAAAACCUCGAAAGGUCCAAGUCAUAAGGUGGACUCGGGCUCGUGGAGGGGAAUCCGGGCCUCCGGCGAUCACCAGGCCGGCAGUUUGGCUCGCUUUCUAAAGGGCAGCUCCGUACCCUCAGAGUUAGAGAGGCUGUCUCUGAGCGGCUCGGCGAACCUGCACUCAGCUGAAGCCGCUUUUGACUCGGAUGCCACUGAAAGCAGCUCAGGAGGAGACAGUGAUGUGGAGGAAGAAGAGUUGGCUAGAGUGGACUUGGAGCAGCGCCAUAUUAAACUUUGGAGAAGAGCAGAGGGGCGGCACGCUUUGGAGAGAGCCUCCAUCAUAAGUCACUGGACGUGGCUUCAGGCCCACAUCUCGGACCUGGAGUACCGUAUCCGCCAGCAGACCGAUAUCUACCGCCAGAUACGCGCCGGCAAGGGCUGCGUGGAGCUAGGAGACUCGCCCCCUUGCUUUGGCACGACGGAGACGGACGCAGAGCCGGAGACAGACCCGCUCCCUCUCCAGACUUCCCAUGAUUCCACAGAGGAGCCUGGCCAACCCGGAGGCUGUCUCACAGACCGGCCAGUCAACGGCGUGCCGAACAGCAGCGUUGCGGAUGGAUCGGAUGUGAAGUGCCCUUUGAUGCCAGACAACACAUGCGUCGCUGCACGUACACGUCCUCUGCUCAGCUGCAGGAGACGGCGACUUGUCCAUCCCAACACCAUCACUAAUCUCAGCAGCAAGGUCCACAAAGCAUCCUGCUCUCCUCCACCUGCGUGUGAAGUGAACUCCUCUUGCAUGAUGUGUGGGGGCAGACAACACUUUGCUAAACAAAAUCUACCAUAUGAUCGCCCCCUGCUGGAGAGAUUAGCCCACCAGGACCCCAGUGUGCACCCUAUCCUCUCUUUACAGUCAGAUGUGGGGAUGAGCGUUCACCUCCAGAGAGUGCUCAAGUCCCAUUGGCAGAGCACACACACAGAGAAGCUGAAACCCCUGAAGAAACUCUCUCUCCGACACAAGCUCUCCCUCUCCUCUUCAUCUUUGUCAUCACCAUCUUCAUCCAAACACAGAUUCAAGCUCUCCAGCUGCCACAGGGCUGCAGUCAGACUGUCUCAUCAUAAGAGCAGGUUGGAGAGGUCUCACAGACAGACAGAUGUCAGUAUGUGUGUGCCCAAGUCAGAGAACUGCACACCUUACAGAGCCGAGCACCUGCAGGACAGGAGUCACAGUCGGAAGAGAGCCAGAGAACAUUCUUUUGAUAGGACAGAGUCCCCAAAGCUCCUUGUGGAUACUGGCAGUCCAUGUUCAUCUCUAUCUAGUCUUCACUCUUCUACCCCAAGCCCACUGAACAAGCAGCUGGCCAACCCCAGCGAGAGUCCCACGCCGCUAAGCAACAGCGGCCAGACCCCGUGCUCAAUGCAACCUAUACGGAGGCGGAGAGGAGAAAGCUCUUUCGACAUCAACAACAUUGUCAUUCCCAUGUCAGUGGUGGCCACCACAAGAGUGGAGAAGCUACAGUACAAAGAGAUCCUCACCCCAAGUUGGAGGGAAGCGGACGUUCUCGCUCAGCCCAUCGCGGAAGAGGACGAUAACGCAGAGGUGGAGGACUUGUCAGAUGCUGCGUUCUCUCAGCUUCAUCAGCCAUAUGAGGAACAGGAGCGGUCUCGGUGGAGAUGGACAGCACUGACGCCUGCCAAGAGGAGAGGCAGCAGGUCAUAUAAGUCCGUAGAUGGCAGGACGACUCCGUCGCUGGGAGGGACGAAUCCCUCCACGCCUCAGCCGUCCUCACCGGACGCCGGUCACUUCCAGGUUCUGCAGGAUUACGCCGCCGUGUGCUCCCCCCUGAGCCCCGCCAGCCCGGACACGCCCGGCUCCCGCGACGGACACUCCUCCAGAGACGCGCACAGACUGCUGUCCAGCGAAGACACCCGCUCCUCCACGCCAGACUGCAUCUAUGAAGAGAGGACUGUACAACCGUGGGAACGCAGGACCUUCCCCCUGUCUGAGGAUCCUGUCGCAGAACCCAAGGAGUCGGCGAAACUGGACUGGGAUCCGAACCAGAGAUAUUCCUCGAACGGGCGUGAGGGCCAUACGAGGGCGGAGUCUGAGAGCGAGGCCCCAUCUCCGUGACAACAGAUCCAAAACCUUCAAACCCUGUCCCAAAUGGCAUUAACAUAAAAGAAAAAAACAAAUCACAAAUCAGACUAAAACAAAGAAAUAUUAAAGGACUCUGUUGUUUGAUAUUCAAACAUCAGUCAGAUAUUUUUCACAGUUUUUAGUGAACAUUAAAGAUCGUAGAAUGCAACACCUGUUCCCCCAAAAGCUGUUGUUUGUCACAGGAAGACGUGUCUUAUUGAAAUGUAUGAACUUUGUUUCCAUAAAAAAAAAAAUUCUUAUGGUCAGCUAAAACUAUGUUCUUGCAACUUAGUGUGAUGUUGAAAACCUGUCAGGUGACACUUUUAGCUCACUAUGUAGCAAACUUAUCUAAAAGGGGUCUUUGGCCUAAAGGUUUCCUCUACAGACUAGUUGUGUGUGUAUGCCUGUGUUGUGGAGUGACAAAAACCGAAACGAGACAGAAAAACAAAAAAAAAAUCUCCUCACCUCUCUCGUCUUGACAACGAGCACUUAAAUCUGUAGACAACUAAGAGUCUCUUGAUAUUAAAGAGGGUUUGCUUUGUCAUUUUUGAAUGUGUAGAGCAUUCAACUCCUGCUUUCCACUGUACUGUUUUCACUGCACUGUUAUCUGCAGUCAGAUGUGUCCUACAACCGAUUUGCCCUUUUGUCUUCUGCACCUAUGUAACUGUAGUUCUUUUGAAUAUAUAGUAAGAGGUGUUCACUCCUAAAGGAGCAAAUUUACACAAAACUAGCAUCCACACAGACUCUCAGGUUUUACAGUCGGGAAAAACUACUGUCUCUGUUUUAAACCCAGUUUCAGCUUCUGCUACUGUUUUGCUGUUCAUCUGCGAUAGAU